AAUUGAAUUCAUUAGAGAAAAAUAUUUGCUUAAAUACUGUUGAAACUUGGAAAAAUUUUCAAGUCUAGUCGUAAGGAUUAUCCGUACGUAAUUAUUAUUGAUGCGUGUGCAGGUCAUUAACAGAAAAAAAAUAAGGUAGUCAUUUAGGUACGACAAAAAUUUUUGAAAUGAAAUUUGAAAAAAAAAUUUCCAAUACCAUGGCAUUUUAAAUUUGGCUUACGUGAUGCGCAGUUACUUUUUCUUCUACCGUCCUAAAAUAUAAGUUGCUGUGAAUUUAUCACAAUAUUUAUAUAUUUAAAUAUAUAUAUAUAAUAUAUAUGUGGAGUGAAUUUAUAUUAAAAGUGUUUUUUAUCAUCGAAAAUUGACGACGGUGAUUAUUUUUUGUGAACGCUCAGUGAUAUUAAUUUUAUUUCAAUCCAAAUAUGUAUCUACUCGCUAUAUUUUUAUUUAUUCACACUUCUUCGGCUGAUUAUUAUCAGAUAAACUAUCCAGAUUCACAAAGCAAUAGUAUGCCAUACUAUCAAGUGUCACAACAGACAGGCACUGAAUAUGCAGUUAAUCAGGAUAAUAAUCAUAAUAAUAAAGUUACAAGUGGAGGAUUUCUAGCAAAUUGGAAUACGCCAGUUUACAUUGCCCAGUCAAAUUAUAUGUAUCCAAACAAUAUACAGUAUGUUUUACAGUCAGGGAUUAUGCAAAAUAUUCCUCCUGUUUAUAACAGUGGUCAAGACUACAAUGAUUGUUAUAAAACAAAUACUGCCGGAAAGAGGCGCAGAAGAGCUAUAAUUGAAGGUCUACCAUACUAUCAAUCGUGUGAUUAUUAUGGAUCAAGCGUAAAUAAUGUUUAUCCAGAAAUUCUUGUUAUGGUCGACAGUUUGCUUUUUAGCCACUUUGGAAAUGAUAUUUAUCGAACAGUAGAAUAUGUUGUGUCGUUUUGGAAGCAAGUGGACAUAAGAUUUGGAAAUUUGAGGAGUCCUGGAAUUCUAAUAAACAUUGCUGGAAUUGUUAUAGUUCAGGAUCAACUGCCGUUCUCUAACUAUCAAGCAAGUUAUUCUUACAAUUUCGUAUUAGAUGAAUUCAGUAGAUUUUUAUACAAUCAAAACAGCUUUAAAUUCCACACUGAUUAUGAUAUUGCCGUUCUUAUGACGGGAAGUAAUUUAAUGCACAUCGGUUACGGCAGCGAUGUUGGUGGUGUAGCAUUUACAGGCGGAGCUUGUAAACAAGUGUCAAAUAUGAUUUACAGCGCAGCGAUUAUAAAAGAUGAUGGCUCUUAUGGUGGUGUUGUUUCUGCAACUCAUGAAGUAGCUCACAUACUUGGUGCUUACCACGAUGGUGAUCCCGGUGAUCCAAGUCAAGAUCUUCCAGGAGCAUCGGGAUGUCCCUCAGAAUAUGGUUAUAUAAUGAGUCCAAUUUCUAUGAACAGAAAUCAAUUUAAAUUCUCACCAUGCAGUCAGCAAUCCAUCACUUACAAUUUAAAUCGAGAAGCUACUAAUUGCCUACGUAAUUACCCAACUGUCAAGAAUGGAGUUUCAAGUGGUGGAACUUUCCAAACAUUAUUAACUGGCAAGUGAAUAUCAUUAUGAAAUUGAAUGAAAAAAAUCAAGGGUAGGUGAAUAUUUCAUAGGAGUGUAAAUUUUAGACAGAAACUAUUUUUAUUUUAAUUUAUUACACAUACUGAACGUGUUAUUUAAUCAUUAAUUUAAGUAGAAUAUGUAUUUAUUUAACUUUUGUAAAUAUGCAAUUCGUUUUUAUCUAUUGUCAUCAGUAGAGAUAAUAUUGUAAAGAUGUUAAUGAAAUUUGUUCUUUUCUAUCUAUUUAAAUAGUUAUAAUAAAGCCAUAAUAGAUCAAGAGUAAUCAAUGUGCAUAAAGCGUCAAUAAAUUUAUUUUAUUACAUUAAAAAAA